AUGCAAGGACUAUAUUAUCUCGUGUACAUAUUGUUGGGAAUAGCUGUUGAAGCGUCUCACUAUCGAGGUGGCUCAUUUACAUGGAAACCGGUAAGUCCACAAGUACCCAAUCAAAAUCCAGUACCAAUAUCAUUUACUCAACGACAUGCUUGGCGUCGUGGUUCUUAUUUUUGUGAUCAAAGUACUAUUAACAGUGGCGGUACGGUUGGUGGUGGCAGUGUAUGUUGUAUUGGCAGUCAGUGUGGUGCAUUGGGUUGUCCUUUGUCUACAGCUGUGCCAUGUACUGAUUUUAGUGUUUCACAAGAUAUGAGUGCUGGUCAAUUAUCGUCAAUAUUGAACUUAUCUCCGAACAUUAUGAUUGCUUUAUCAUUCACUGGCGGUGCAUGGAUUUCACUUCAAACUGGUGGUGGUAAUUGGGCUGUGACUACACAAAUAAGGUAUUAUAAUUUGACUAAUAUAUUUUUUUUAUAG